AUGACAACACCACAAACCUCCUCACUAUGGGCCCUUGCCCUGUCAACACUCCCCGAAAAGGACCAGCGCAUCUUCAAAUUACAAAACACCUCAUCUACAGACACGAAACAGGCUCUAAACGAUAUUCUCCUGGCACUCGAAAGACAUCGUGACCGCUGCACGCGGGAUAAAUGGACCACAAUCAGCAUCGGGGGGAAGGAGCUCAUCAUCCGUGAUGUAUGCGCCAAGAUUGCGGCAUAUGUUGAGAAAUUCAUGACGGUAGUUGAUGUCGCGGUUCAGUAUGAUCCUGUCCACGCCGCGUUGCCAUGGGCCGGUGUGCGUUUCUUGCUGCAGUUGACCUUCUCUGGGUUUGAAGCUUUUGGUGUCAUUGUUGAGGGCCUGGAGAAGGCUACAGGGUUGAUAGCCCGAUGUGGGAUUCUUGAGGCUCUGUUCAUCCGGCAUGGUAACAAAACCACUGAAGGAAGACUGGGCUUGGAAAGGGAAAUGGUGAAAUUGUAUUCCGUUAUCUUGGGCUUUAUUUGCAGGGCUAAGAGGCAUCAUGAUUCUUCGCGCAUCAAGCGUGCGUUGAACUUGACGUCUCGGGCGUCCAUUCAGGAAUCGGUGGAGCAAAUGGAGGCUGCGGAGCAGAGGGUGCUGGCUUCGAAGGGUCUCGUUGAUAGUGAAAGAGUGGAAGACAUCCAUCACGGCAUUCGGACGAUGCUCCUAAAUGUGACCUCGAGAGCUGAUGACGUCGCCAACACCCAAACAAGGCUGAAGGCAACACUUGUCGACCUCGAGCAACCUCUGGUUAGGAUUACGGAUCAGGUAUCUGACCUUCAUGGUGAUCUAAAAGAGAGCGAGAGAAACGAGCUUCUAAGGUGGAUUUCCCCUGUUCGCGCUCAACAACACUACAGGGAGGCACUGGCGUCUGUACUAUCUGGCUCGGGCGAGUGGCUCACUCAUAAUCAACGCUUUGUAACCUGGAGGGACUCGAGUAGUUCUGAAACAUUUUGGAUACAUGGCAUACCGGGCUGUGGAAAGACAAAACUUGCUGCGAUUGUAAUUCGGCACCUACGUCAACGGACUGGUGGUGCAUCUCAGCCAGCGCCAAUAGCCCAUUUUUUCUGUUCUAAGAACCCUGCAGAGCCGGAACGAACUGACCCUCAAGAUAUAUUUCGAUCAUUGCUAAAGCAGGUUUCUCUAGCAGAUGAAAAAGGGUUUGGCAUCCGAAGCCCCCUGCUGGAAGCAUAUAAAUCAAGACAAGCAGAAGCGAGACAUACUGGAGAAAGACCGGUACCGCUUUCGGUGGAAGAAUGCGUUGAAGUCAUGUGUGAAAUUGGCCGAGUGGCCCCGUUUACAAUUGUCAUUGAUGCACUCGACGAGUGCAGCUCCCAACAGCGACGCAUUCUCCUUGAGGCUCUUGAGAAGGUUCGACAACGGUGUCGAGAUAUUGUCAAGAUUUUCGUUUCAAGUCGGCAUGAAGAAGAUAUUUCAGUGUCAUUCGAGAAAGGAGAAGUCUUGGAGGUGACUUCUCAAGCGAAUCACGAAGAUCUGAAGCGAUUUGUAGAAGUUGAAGUCGAAAAAUUCGUGAAGAGAUGGUCUACUAUGCACGACGAGUCGACCGCGGUACUACAGAAGCUUGAAGAGGAGAUAAAAGAGGCAUUUAUGGCACGCGCACAAGGGAUGUUCCUCUGGGUAACCCUCCAGCUCGAAAGCAUCAGCGACACAGAGCAUGUCAAGGAUAUUGACAGCAUUCGCGAAGUCUUGACCUCGCUUCCUCCAACUCUCAGUCAAUCAUACGAGGCUAUCUACAGACGGAUAAAGUCAAUGAGUGGGAGCACGAGGCGGGUGGCAAUUCAAAGCUUCCAAUGGCUCUUGUGCGCGAAAAGAAAGCUCUCGAUUUUGGAAUUUGUGGCUGCUAUGGGCAUGCCCUCUAGUCAGCCAUCCCACGUGUCAGCAAGGUCAAUCCGCGACUACUGCUGCAACCUGGUGGUUAUAGACAACGAAGAAGACACGUUUCGUCUAGUUCACUCGACAGUCCGAGAAUUCCUCGAGACUUUACCUGAGUUCUCUACCGGUGACUCCAAUGCAACUGUCGCCAGCAGGUGCUUGGACUUAUACUCAAGGGAUGAAAUUAAGUCUGAUCUUUUGAGCUACGCUACUUGGCACUGGCCAGCCCAUGUAGAGCAGCUCAGCGGAUCGCCCCAAAGAGCAGCCAUCAAACCAGCACUUCUUGGCUUUUUCACGGAAGAAGAACACUUCGAGGACUGGCUGGAUUAUCUUGAUGCACUAACAAUUGAGGAGGGACCUAGUUGGAGUAACUCGCUCCACAGAAAACUUGCUGCUUCAUUCGCCUCGCCACCAUCACCAUUGUUUGUGGUUUCUUGCUUUGGCCUCGAAGAAGUUUUUGAAUCCUCAGAGAUUACUCCGGCGAUGGAUGUCAAUCAAAACAAUAGGCAUGGUACUUCGGCACUUUACCUGUGCGCCCGUUGGGGCCACAUCGCGAUAACCCGGAGACUUCUAGAACUGGGAGCAGCCGUGGAUGCCCCCGGCUCUCAAUAUGGAAGUGCACUGCAAGCAGCAUCUUUUGCUGGAAAUGAAGAAAUUGUCCAAAUUUUACUUGAAAAAGGCGCCUCUUUCUCCCCAGCUGAAGCUUCCCUAGCCGGAAAAGCGGAAUACUCGAGUCCGCUUCAAGCUGCUCUAGCCAAUGGGCAUGGCAGGGUCGCCAGAUUGUUCAUUGGUAAGGGAUGCAAAUUAACCACACAGAAACAGUUUGAUGAUGCCAUAGAAACUGCAAGCUUCAAAGGCAAUAUCGAUAUUGUGGAGGGACUUCUAUGUGGCAAGGCCGGUGUUUUCACACCAGAAAUUAGGCCUGAUCCGCUCCAAGUUGCUCUCUCUGGCGGAAAAGCAAGACAAGCAACUAGAUUGAUACAGGAAUAUGGCGAUGAUGGCAUUAAUGAAGAGAAAGGAUACUUUGGGAAUGCCCUCGCCGCCGCUAUUGCCAGCCGCAAACUUGGCCUGGUGCAGCUUAUCAUCGAUGCUGGCGCCAACCUUGACGCUUGCGGACGGUUUGGGACUCCCUUACGGGCGGCUGUUAUAUUGAAUCAUUUCGACAUUGUGAGAUACCUAUUGGAGAAAGGUGUUAACCCCAACAUCGAAGACAAGAAGCUGGGUGAUCCACUCCAGGCCGCUGCCUCCUUGGGAAAUGUUGACAUGAUGCUGCUGCUCCUGGAACACGGAGCUUCUGUAAAUGGAUCCGGUGGCUAUUUUGGCAACACGCUGCAAGCUGCCUCCUUCAAUGGACAUGAGAAGGCUGUUCGGCUCUUGAUUGAGCGCGGCGCUAGGUUAGGUAAGUCAGGCCGGUAUCGUGAUGCCGUGCAAGCUGCAGUGUAUGCUGGCCAUGAAAACAUUGUCGAGAUACUCUUUGUGGCUGGCGCAAGUCUGAAAGGACGUGACCAUCCCCUGUUAUGCAGAGCAGGCACUACGCAAAAGAGGAUUGCACUACCGGAGACAAGAACGGGUACGGGUAACCUGGACAUCCCGGAAAUUCUAGGUCCACUUGAAGUCGCUGCUCGAAGGGGCAGUGCCAUUUUGGUUAGGAUGUUACUAGACAAGGGGGCUGACAUCGAUUCUGUGGAUGCGGGUUAUUACAAAAAUGAGUACCACAGUGGAUGUGCGUACACCGCAUUGCAAAUUGCUGCGUUUUGGGGACAUUUGCCAGUGGUGGAGCUUCUCUUGGACAGCGGAGCAGGUAUCAAUGCUGUGCGGCAGACUCUAGGGACACCGCUACAAGCGGCUUUGGAGGGAGGCCAUUUGGAUGUUGCAGACGUGUUGCUGUCACGAGGUGCAGAGAUUGAUAGACAUUGGAAUAUGUUUGGAUCGUGCCUCCAGGUUUAUUCGGAACGAGGGGAUCUUGAGGUUGUUCAGUAUCUACUGGAUCGAGGAGCAAACAUCGAAGAUCCGGGUGGUAAAAAUGGAAAUGCACUUCAGGUUGCCUGUGAUGCAGGCCACAUCGACAUUGUUCGGUUCUUGCUUGCCGAGCGUGCGGAUGUGAAGGCGCCUGGAAAGGAUCUAGGAAAUGCAUUGCAAGCAGCCUCUGCAAAGGGACACCUCGACAUAGUCAAACUCCUUCUUCGCCAAGGUAUAGGGGUGGACGAUGCUUACAGGUACACUAAAACAGCGCUCUGUCUUGCUGCAGGUAACGGACACAACCAGACCGUGAUCUAUCUGCUGCAAAAAGGAGCCAAUGUUGAUGGUAUUCGCACCCUUCUUAAAGAACCAAAACCGCCGGGCGAAAGUCUCCAGGAUGAAAUUCAGCAUAAAAUUCUCUGGCUAAGAGGACCCUGGGGAAAUCAGGUUCCUGUUGCAACUCCUCUUCAUCUCGCCGCCGUUAGUGGACACGAAUCCACCGUCUCUAUCCUCCUCAAAAACGGUGCAAACGCCCAUCUGGAAGGAAAAUUACGCCGUAACAGAUGGGACGCCUUCAAUGAAUAUGAUUUUAACAAAUAUGAUUUUAACAAACUUUCCAGCACGCCACUUUUCGCAGCAAGCUUUUGGGGAUAUGCUUCCACUGCCAAACGGCUAUUUCAACACGACCCAUGGGGAUAUAUAUCUCAUAACACAUUUACGCCUAUCAUGGAGGCAAGUUUGGCUCACAAUAAGAAAGCCAUUACAGCAAUGCUGGUUCACGAGGCGUUUCUCGCAGGGUUCAAAGCUGAACACUUCGAUGGUGCAUUCAGAUACGCCUGUGCAGAGGGAUACACGGAGUUUUCGAAGCAAAUUUUGGAAUAUUUCGUUCUCGAAAAUUGGCCCACCGCUCUUUUGCUGGCCGCAGAGCGAGGUAGAAGCUCUGUUGUUGGAGUCUUGCUGCAAAACGGAGCUGACGUGGACAUUCGGGACGAAGGUGGCAAUAUGGCAUUGGACCUAGCCAUAAAAGGAAUCAAGAAGCACAGAAAUUGCUCGGGGAGCCGUGGUGACCCGCCAAAUUGGAUCGAAGUCCUUACGAUCUUGCUUUGUGGAGGGACUGAUACAAAUGACUUAUCCGGCAAAAUCAACGAGAUCAUCCCGGAUAUUGCAAAGCACGGCGGAGCUGAUAUCUUGAGAACAUUGGAUUGCCGCGGAUACACCUCGGCCAACGGCGAUAUGGAAAAGAUCUAUUACAUGAAUACAAAGCAUGCCCCUUCAACUAGGAAUAUCAAAGCUGCCGUUCUUGCUGCAACACAGCGUCACGAGCAAUCAUCAGACCGGAUACCAACAAUCAGGGCACUUCUGAGCCUCAAACCAUUGCUUUUCUUUGAUGACAAUCAGGAUGUCGAGCCAUUGACAAUUGCCUCUGGAAAGCAGUGUCCCGACAUGGUUGCCAUCCUACUCCAGCACAUUAGAUACAGCAGAUCUAUCCUUGAAGUAGCCUUGAAAGAAGCAAUUCGUUGUGGUAGUGUCGCCUGCGCACGCCUCAUUCUUGAGUCACAGAGCUGGGAGCCUGCUGAAUGCCUUGAACUUUGUGCUCGCUUUAUUCCCGAAUGCUUUUCUUCUAGAUCUAGGGAGUCUGAGGAUAUGCUUACAUAUCUCCUCACACAAGGGGCAUUCCCGAACACAAGGGAUCCCAGGUCUGGUGAAACUCUAUUGUAUAUCGCCGCUACCAGGCAUAGCGGCAACGCUGUUCGGAGUGUGUUGACUCACGGCGCAGAUGUCGACCUCGACGAAGGCGAGUACGGGACAGCGUUACAUGGAGCAGCAGCAGCUGGGAAUUCGGAGGCGGUGGAGUUGCUUCUUUCAUCUGGUGCAGAUACCAACGCACAGAAUGAGCGUAUUGGUACGCCGCUGAUGGCAGUGAUGGGGCAGACGUGGCGGCAGUGCUACUCUGGUUUGUUAGGGACCAGGUGCCCUUUUGAAUGCCAUUGCUGCUGUGCAAAGGUGCUGCUGGAUUGGGAUGCGGAUGUCGAUGCCAAAGGUGGGAAAUUUGGUACGGCGCUACAUGCUGCACGGAAGUUUGGAAACAAGCUGGGAAUAAAGAUGCUCUUGCAAGACGAGUCUGAUUAUGUUAACAGCGAGGCAUCCGUGUUCUAG